AUUGAGUAAUCACUCAAUAUUCCGCAGCCUUGAAGGUCAAACUCUAUUUUUGUACAUUUAUUUUCGGUUUCCCAAAAUACCCAAAGUUAGAUUAAAAAUGGAUUCGAAUCAGAAGACAACAAAAGGCUCGAGCAUCACGCAAGUGGACAUCCUAAUGACUGGUGCCCAAUACGUUGGCCCCAGCGAUGAUCUGGGCAUGCAGAACUUGGGUGUCUACAUCUAUCCAGAUGGCAGCAGGUACACGGGGGAGUUCCUGAACAAUCGUUUUCACGGCAGAGGCUGCAUUCAAGUACCAGAUCCCGCGGGCAUCACCUACCAAGUGACCCACAGGCAUGGCAAACUAAUAGCGAUCGAUCAGAUGAGGUUCAAUGACUCGCUGCCCGUGGACUUUGAGAUGAAGGACAGUGGCUCGAUGAGCUUCGAGUCCUGGCCGUACUGCACUGCCGAGGAUCGUCGCUUCUACCAGGAGACCAAGGGACCCAUGGAGCCGGUGGGUCCGAAUAAAUUUAAGACCAAAGAUGGACCCGAACCACUGGUCUUGUCACGUAAUGUCUUCGACCUUGGCUUUGGUCUGCUGGGCAAUCGUGGCUUUAUGUUGGACACGAAGACCUAUAGCCACCAGAGCUUGUAUGUGGGAUGUCGGGAGGCACGUCGCUGGAUCCGGGAGAACUGUGCCCAUGGUCCCUUGUGGAAUCGUCACCACAAACAGAAGGUCAUGGCCCGUUUUGCCCGGGAGAUCAUCCGGAAUAACCAGGAGAAUGCCCGCUGCAGCCGGAAACACUACAUGCCAAAGUUGCACAUCUGCCGCCGCUCCAGCAGCUUGGACAGCUUUGGCUCGGAGCGCCUCCACCUGGCCAGCACCACGGACUCCAACUCCUCGGAGGUGCAGGCCAUGAGGUUGCGUCAUCGGGAGUUCCGCAGCAAGUGGCGGCGAUCCAACAGCGAGAGCAACGUGUGCCGCAUCAACUGAGGAUCCCCUUCAGCUUUUGUUUUACCCUCGGUUCCACUUUCCAUGAGGCUUCAAAUUAAUAUAUAUUGUAUACAA